AUGUCCCCAAUACGCGAGGGAAUGUCACAUCCUCACCAACACCCUCAAAUGAUGAGCUCUCUAUCUAUUGUGAAUACUAUCAAGACUCGAGUUGUUGCCAUGCUCAGUGCUUCAGAUAUUGAUUGGCUCAACAACAAGAGUGUAAAGGUCCGACUGCAGACUGCAGAUCUCACAACCAGGCUGGCUGUUAUGAUCAAGCAGUGUGGGGAAGUUCAACUUCUCAGCACUCUGGGCCUGAUUCUGUUUGAGCAGCUUGGUAAAGAAUAUCCAGACACUCAAGGAGUGAUUGCACUCAAAUGGAUCCACCAGUCAAAGAUUUUUAUGAAUAUCAUGUCUAUGGUCUUCCCAUUAAGCAUGCAGUCUUCCCUAUUAGAUGAAUACUGUGCCUAUGGUCUUCCCAUUGAGCAUGCGGUCUUCCCUAUUAGAUGA